AUGUUCAGGACUGCUCUUCGUUCCUCUGUCACUGCCCUUCGCGCGCCGGCUCGCGUGCCAGCGGUCGCGCUCGCCAAUUCUUCGGCGCGCAUUGCGCGGAGGUUCAUUACCGACGAUGCGCGGGCGAAGAUCCAGAAAGCGGUUGACUCGACGCCAGUCGUGCUGUUCAUGAAGGGCACGCCCGACGCACCGCAGUGCGGCUUCUCGCGGGCAGCAAUCCAGGUCCUGGACAUCCACGGAGUACCUCCGGAAAAGAUGAAGACGUUCAAUGUUUUGGAGGAUAGCGAACUGAGGUCGAGCAUCAAGGAGUUCUCUGAUUGGCCGACAGUACCCCAGCUCUAUGUCAAGGGUGAGUUCGUCGGUGGCUGCGACAUCCUCAUCAACAUGCACCAAUCUGGAGAGCUCGACGAACUGCUUGUGACGAAUGGCAUCAUCCCUCAGGAGGAGGUGGCGGCGGAACCCCAGUCCGCACCCCAGUAA